AUGGUAGACAGAGAAGAUAGAUUGCGACUUGGACGGGUUUCACAACAUGCAUCUGUGAGACGCGAGCGGAGACAAACCACCGUUACCGAGGCCGAUACAGUUGAGACACAUCUUUCUUCAUCACAUGCCCAAGACAUUCCCUCGACCUCGUAUCUUACACCAUCAUCCACUUCUUCAUCCCGGAGGCGUCGGAAUUCAGCUGAGGGUUCAUCACAAGCCUCGUCCUCCCACAGGCAUCAUCGGGAUACUCCUGGUUCUCCUCCUGAUGUUGAUUUGGUGUCACCUCUAGAGGGUGAUGACCCACCACCGGAGGAUGCUGGUGACGACGACGAUGAUGAGCCUGAUGGUUUCCUAGGGGGUCCCUCAGAUAUGUCCUUGUUGACAGGGUACGCCAACCAUACUGCCAGACAUGUCUGGGAUGGAAAGACUCGUCAGCCGCAGAAGUUCUAUAACCACGGGUGGAAGAUAUUAUCUUUGGAGUAG